ACGACUACAUUCUUUAAUCACCCUUCGACCUACAUCAUUUUACUGGCGUUUCCCGCCAAUAUUCUAUUUCAAUGUGUUGGCUAACCUGUAUGUACAACAGUGAAUGUUCGAAGUUUAAAACUCGAAAGAGUCGUGAUUUGAAACGUAAAAGAUUUAACGUUAAUGAGCUUCUGUUUGAAUUAAAAGUCAUGCCACAAGAAAUGAAUAUUUUAUGCUGUUAUUCCUGCAAAAUGUAUCAGGUCCAUAUUGUUAAAAAAGCAAAAAAGUGGCAGUGUAAAAUAUGCAAUGUAAAACAAAUUCUCAAACGGGUUUAUUUCCAAGGAUCAGGAAAAGAUUGUCGUAUUCAAGUUCAAAAAUUAAAUGCCAUGAAAGAGUAUGAAAUUGAAACAAGUACAUCUUUUGUGUUCGACAUGGAUAUGCAGUCUGGUAGUAAUCACAGAUCACAGGUAGCUUUAAACAAGUGGAAAAAAUAUUUGGACACAUCCGAAGAGAUUGAUUGCAAUACUUUUGAAAUGACAAAUGAUGAGAGUGAUAGUGACAAAGAGAAUGAUGGUCCCAAGUAUCUAAAUAAUGAUAAUGUGACAUAUGAACAUAGUAAUUCUUUUUGCAAAAAUAAUUCAAAAGAAAAUGUUUCUUAUAACAAUGAGAAAGUAUAUGACCAUGCUAUAGAGGAAGAAUUAAUUGACAAUAACUCAAGUAAUGGUGUUACUCAGCACAACAAUAUAACCAAUGACAAAGCUAUAAAUAAUAUUUUUGACGAUAACGAAGAUUUUGAUCUUGCUAUUGGCUUUUAAUUUCUGUAAAUUCUAUAAAUUUAAACAAUAUAUUUUUUAUUAUUCUAAUGUAUGAUUAUUUUCUGUGAAAUAUAAAAACGUUCAUCACCAUCUU